GAGUGAAAGCCAGGUGGGUUUGACCGCAGGUGCUGGGCAUCUGGGUCUGGAUUGCAAUGACUGUGGUUGCAAAAACUUCCGUCGACCGUGGUAAUCUGGAUGGAACGAAGGGUAAGAUUCUGUAGUCCAUAGAGAGUCAGUUAGUCUUAAGUUAAGUAAGGGGGACGUCUAAGUUGUGAGGAGUAGAACCGUUAUUUGGUUGUGCAUCUAUCACCAUGGUUGACACGCGUACCGGAAAGAGCACCUCCCCGUAUACAGCAGAAGAGGAGGCAAAAGUCGCCGCCAUCCUCAAAGAGAGAAGAGAGAAGGAGGCCAAGAAGAAGGCCCUGAUGGAGGAACAGGCGCCGAAGAUGAAGAAGAUUGAGGAGGAGAUGGCCAGAGAGAAAGAGAGGUUGAAGAAAGAAGAAGAGGAGAAGUUAAAAGCGAUAGAAGAGGAGGAAGAGAUAAAAGAAGAGCCACUGGAAAGGAGAAGAAGGGAGCAAAGAGGGGAAUCCAGUGGAACAAGAGAUGACCAACUGGAGAAGAAGAUCACAGAGUGGGUUGCAAAUUUAUCCCUGGGAGAAGAAGAAGAAGCGUUAAUGUAUGUACCCAGGGAAGAGCAGGAGGCGGUCGUGAAGGAGUGGGAGGCAGAAGAAGACCCCCUCAAGCGGCAGGCCUUGGAGGAUGAGACGAGGAUGGAGUGGAAGCUACGGCUCAUGAGGGAGAGAAAAAGGAGAAUGGAGGCAGUGAGUCAGGCAGCAAAGGAGCUGGAGGAGGUAAGGAAGCAGAGAGACCAGAUGGCGACACAGAUGGAUCUCCUGGGGAAGGUGGAAAUCAUGGCAAGGAACAUCGAGCGCCUGACACAGGCACAGGAAGAGCAAUAUCAGUUUAUUAGAAGUCAGGACAUUGCCCUGCGCUCGAUACGGCUGGGAUUCCGGGAGUUCGCAAGGGAGUUAGUGAUGCAGGUGGGCUCAGAAGUGAAGGCCCGCCUGGAGAGCACGGAGCGUUAUUGCACCGGCGCCAUAGACGGCGCCAGGCUGGCCGCACCAAAGGGGGAGGAAGCAUGCCCUCGUAGAGAGCCUGUUAAAGUCAAGUUCCCCGAUUCCUACAGAGGGAAGAAGGAGGAGAACCUCGACAAUUGGGAGGCCAACGUUAAAACGUAUGUGCAGUUACAGAACGUAGCUCCCGAUGAACAUGUCCUGAUAGCCAUUCACGCUCUUAGGGAGGAAGCAGCAAGCUUCGCCCGUUCCCUGUGUUGCGCCGCCAACUGUAGUGAUGAUUUGGUGGCCUACUCCUCUUUCACUCCCCUCGGUGACUUCCUUAAGUUACUGAGAGAAUGGUUUGCAGACGUCACCCGUAGUGUCAAAGCUUCAGACACGCUGCAAACCAUCCAUUCUCGUCAAUGGAGGAGUGCCAGGGCACUCAAGGGUGUUAUGGACGAGUUGGUUGCCGUUCCUGACCACGGGGUCACUGAGACCCAACUGGUCAACCUCUUUUACCGCGCUAUGCCCGAGCAGUUACGCGGGCAUUUCUUUGAAAAGAGCCAGCAACCUACCAUGACCUACGAUUCACUCAGCAGGGAAGUGGUAGCGUUCGAAGCACGGCCUGCUUAUAUUAGCCGUAAAGCGCUAAAGAAGCUGAGGCUAGGGCUGAAAGUCCAGAAGUUAGAAGACCCCAUAGUGAGUGUCCUCGCAGACAACCGCACUAUGCGUGUUGAGGACUACGUAGAGGGAGUCCAGGCGUAUUUCCGCCUAGAGAAAGAUGGGAAGGUGGAGAAAGUUCUCCAUUCCCUGACUCUCCUCGUACAAGACGACCUUCCUUUUGAUGUAGUCCUAGGUAUGGACUGGGGCGAGGCAGCAGGGGCCACACUCCAUCUGAGAGAACAUGAGUGCAGGCUCCCGAGUCUGUCAGGCGAGGUUAAGACUGCCCGUCUGUUCCAUGCGUCAGGUGUAGACAAUACCCUGGCACAUUGCUGUCUCAGUGCUUUUGCGUUCACACGGUUAGUGAAAAAGGAGAACUUAGAGGAGCAGGUCUUCGUAGCUUACAUAAGGCCUAUCACUGAGCCGAAGGAAGAGAAGCCCGUCGACCCAGUUAUUGCCAAGCUGCUGGAAGAGUUCAAAGAUUUAGCUGAGCCGCCGACAGGAGUAGUACCGCGGCCCAUCCAGCACCGCAUUGAGAUUGAGCCUGGCAGUAGGGCUCCCAAAGGAGCGGUGUAUAGAAUGUCCCCGCGGGAGUUGGAGAAGCUACGCAAGCAGUUAGACGAGCUCCUAGAGAAGGGUUGGAUUAGGCCCAGUUCGUCUCCAUUUGGAGCACCUGUUCUAUUUGUCCCCAAGAAGGAGGGAGAGCUUAGAAUGUGUAUUGACUAUAGGGGUCUCAAUGCCAUCACAGUGAAGAAUGCAGAGCCACUGCCCCGCAUAGAGGAUUUACGAGAAAAGCGAGAGGAGGUAAACAGAUUGCUUGCCAAAGAAGAGGAAGAGAAGGCAAAGAUCCAGACCGAUAUUGCUGUUCUUACGAAACGGCUGGCGCAGAUCAAUGACAGCCUUGCGCGGAAGGUCGCGGCAAGAAAUGAAUACGACAAGACCAUCCAAGAAACAGAAGCAGCGUAUUCGAAGGUGCCUGUUGGACUUGACUCCUGUACCUGACUGUGACUUUUCUGAACUGGCCGAUUUGGCCUCUUUUGAUCUGAGACCUUGAGCCUGGGAUUCGA